GUUACCGUAACGGUUAUCUGUACGAAGAUUGAUGCACCGAACCAUCGCACGCCUUAUCUGAUAUCUCAAACGCUGCAAAACGAUUCUUGUGAUUUUCUUAAAGAACUUAGGGAUAAUUUCUCAGACGAUUUCGAGUUCUUUAUCUGCAAGACAAGCUCUCGCUGUAACAAAACUCUGCUGCCGAAAGCCUCCCACACAGGGCAAAGUAAACAAAAUUUAUCAGCAGGGCGGAGUGAGUUGUUUAUUGGCGGUUAUCAGGCAAGUGCGGAGUACUAUCAAAACAAACGGACAACUGAUGAGAAGUCGUAUUCAUGGCUUUGAUGAAUUUGCUGAGUCAUUUUUACUAUAUGUUACAUUCAUUUGAAGAGUACAGAUGUGAGGGGGAUAUCCGGAUAGACGGCGAGACAGAGGUGUUUGUGACGUAUAGUGGCGGGAAAAUAGAUUCCUUGUGUUACGUAAUGGGAAUCAUGGGAAGGGAUGCUCAGAAUUUGAAGAGGUACCGACUUUGUCUGGAGACACUUGUGUACUCUGAUCCAGAUUGUGAAUUGUUAGUUGGCUUAAUCAGUUCUGACCCUCAGGAAUACAACUGUACUCAUGCUCCGCCAACUAGGGUCUGCUAUGGUCAGGAUAAGAAUUUGAGGAUCCACAUCGAACCAAUAACUGCAGAUGUACUGUCAAGGAAUGCGUCAUUUGUUUUCAAAGUUAACGCAUUUGAAACUGAGAAUAAGAUGACUCUGAUUACUUACAUUAUGGGUGGUGGUGGCGGGGGCCUGGUUCUUGUUGUACUUCUGAUCACCGGCAUCAAAAUCUACAGAAGUCGGCAACAGACCCAAGCACAGAAAAACACGGGGGAAACUGAAACAGAUGUUUGCGAAAAUUCAAUUUACGACUUCAAUUUAUGACUACAACGCACUUAAUUUGGAGCAUUAGCAGCUAGAUGCAAUUUUCUUUUACUUGGUCGUUACUAUCGUUGUUGAUUUUCACAAAGUCAUUAUCUAUUUGACUUUGUGAAGUAAAUGUUGCAGUAAGCUAUUUGGGAAUUGGAGAAUAAACUACUG